AUGUGUCUGGAUCUGUCGGCGGGCCUCAUGAUAACAGCCAAAGAUCUGUGUUUCCUUCAUAUGUUUGGCCACUCCACAUAUGUUGAUGAAUGUGCUGAAAAUGAGACAAUCUGUGGGCCUAAUUCAAAUUGUGAAAAUUUAGAUGGCUCCUACUUAUGUAUCUGCUUUCCUGGUUUCCGAGAGACUAAGCAAGGUGUCAUAGCCAGCCUUACCAACCCAUGCACAGAUAUAGAUGAGUGCAAUGAGGAUCCUGAUGUGUGUGGAAAAAAGGCUGUGUGCACAAAUGCAGAGAGCACGUUCUACUACUGUAGCAAGCUGCUUUUCAGCCUCAAUGGAUCUGCAGCAGUUGCUUUCAUGACACUGAAUGGAAUGGAGAGUCUUUUAAGUCACAAAUACCUCCCAACAGAAAACAGAACAGAGAUGUAUUCUGAUGUUUUCACUGCCAUAUUACCCAUCAACAACACUAACCUCACAGAGCCCGUCAACUUCACCAUCCAACAUAAGAAGAAGGUACCUGAAUCUGGAAUGGUAACAUGCGUAUACUGGGUUGAAAAAAGUAAGAACUCUGAAGAACAGCAGGACAUUGAAGAAAAAGAGGAGAAAGCAAUGCAUUGGUCUGUCGAGGGCUGCUGGGUUUUGUACUCUGAUGAAAACUGCACAGUGUGCAGCUGCUCUCACCUUUCUACUUUUGCCCUCAUCAUGCAGAUUGGGGAGCCUCCUCCAGAGAGUGAUUUCUUGGAGUGGUUGAACAGAAUGUGUGUGAUUGUGGGACUGUUCUUCUUCGCUUUGGCUGUGUUCACCUUCCUCCUGUGCAGCUGGAACCCCAAAAUCAACAACACAGCCCGUCUUCACCUCUGUCUCAACCUGGGCCUGUCUCAUCUACUACUGCUCUGGAAUGACAGAUACCUUGAGGAUGAGCUGGCCUGCACUGUCAUGGCAGGAAUACUUCACUUCUUGGUUGUUGCCAGUUUUGUGUGGAUGCAGUUGGAGGCCUUGCAGCUCUACUUGCUUGUACGAAGACUCUCCAAAGUGCAGGUUAUCCAGAGAGAUGGCCUGCCCAAGCUACUUCUGUACCUGGUUGGUUAUGGGGUUCCCUUUGUGAUCGUGGGUGUUUCUGCACUGGUAUAUUCUGAUGGAUAUGGAGCUACUGAGGCAGAAGCGUGCUGGCUCUCAAGACAGCGCAACUUCAACUGGGCUUUAACAGGCCCUGUGAUCACAAUCCUUGGAAUGAACUGGAUAAUAUUCUGUGCCACUCUGUGGAGCCUGAGACCCACUUUGGCCAACAUGAAAAGUGACGUUUCUCAAUCCAAAGACACGAGGUUGAUCAUAUUUAAAAUCCUGGCCCAGUUUGUCAUCCUGGGCUGUACGUGGAUUCUGGGUCUGUACCAGACAAACCUUUUCUUCCAGGUUCUCUUCAUCAUCCUCAACUCCCAGCAGGGCACCUUCCUUUUCAUUGUGCACUGUCUGCUCAAUAAGGAGGUGCGCGAGGAGUACAUAAGAUGGUUGACAUGCUCCUGCAGAAAAGACAGAUCAGUGACUGAUGAGCCGUCAGUCACUGAGGGCUGCGACAAGACAGAGGAUCCGGGAGGUCCGAGACAACAGGAUCCUGAGAAGUCCCAAUGAAGAUUAGAAUUAUCAAAGACAGCAUAACACAUUCAAGCUAUGUAUUUUGAUUAUUUUCUUGAUUAUUUAUUAUUAUUUAGUACCUUUACUUGUGUUACAGUUGUGGUUUAGCUUUGUCACUGUCAAAAGACUCAAGGAAAAUUUGACUCGAUUAAGUCUGAAUGUCAUAAAUGCUAAAUAAAGAAGAAGAAAAAUGCAAACCUAUUCCAAUUAUAUUAAUGCAAUGAUGCUCAGGGCUUUUGAGACGUUCGGCACAUAUCUCAGCUUUAAUGAGUCUCUCGUAAAUUACUUUUGGUGAUUAGCACAGUGAGCACUGCAUAUUAAUGAGCAUAAAACCAUGAUAAUAGAAGUUCUCACCAUGUUGUACCACAGUGGGAAGGCUUGUUAAAACUGGCAACAUCUCCCCACCUGAUUUGUUUGGGAAACUUGCGUCUGCUCACACCCUCGGUUGUGUUUCCAUCUAAACAAACACGCUUUGCUCAGACGAAAACAUUCAUGUGUCAGAUGUUUCUUUUUCUUUCCAUUUGCAUUGCAUUUACGU